GGACGAUCUGGCAGAUUUGGUUGCUGGUUGCCAGACCGUGUGUUCAUGAGGGUUUCUGGCGUUUCAGGCAAAUUUGCAUCUGGCCACACUGGCUAGAAACUUGUAAAUAUAAACAAGAAAAACUUGUAAUUAUAAGUGAAAAAGUGAAUCUCACGCUCCACUAUGUUUCUGCCUGAAACAGCCACGUUUUGCAUAACUCUUUUGGUCUACGGGGCCAUCCUGUUGCUCCUUAUUUACUAUGUGUUGACACUGGCGGACCUGGAGUGUGACUAUUUGAACGCCCAAGAGUGCUGCCGUCGCCUCAACUUCUGGGUCAUACCCAAGUUCGGAUCCCAUGCCCUGCUCUGCGUUCUCCUGCUGCUGGGCGGCCACUGGAUAAUGUUCCUGCUCAAUUUGCCGAUGGUGGCAUGGUUGUUUUACGAGAUGCACCGCCAGCGACGCGACAGCCUGGGUGUCUACGAUCCGGUGGACAUACACAGUCGAGGCCUGCUGAAGGUCCACUUGAGGAAUUGUAUGAUAUACCUGGGCUACUACUUCGUCAUGUUCUUCGUGGCGCUGUACUGUCUCAUCUCAGCCCUGAUCAAGGGGGAUCCCAUCAAGCGGUACGAGGAUGAUGAAAUAGUCACGGAUUUCUGAAGUUUAGCCAAAUAGGCCGGCACCUAAAGGGCUUCCAGCGCAAUUAUUCACCCUAGGGCUCAACUAAAAAACUUUUUUACUGGUCUUUGGUUCCACAACAAUUACUUGAAAAUUAGUUUUAGAACUACAUUUUUAUUGGUUUAACUAGGAAUCGACAACGAAACAGACUGGGUACCCUUUAGUUUUCCAGAGUUUGAAAGAAUUUGAUUAUUUUUAGUUGUAUUUCUAGGUAUUUUCUUGACAAAAAAUGUUUUACCCUUUUAGAUGGUAUAACAAUCCAAAUCUCCAAAAGUUAAAAGACUCUCGCACGUUCUAUUUUUGGAACAUCGCGUGCUUAGGAUACAAACAUUACGCUCCCAAAGACCAACCUAGUCGCACUCCAUCUUCACUUUAUUUAUUUCAUUAGCAAUAUAAGCGUAUUCGAAUACAAAUCACAAAAUACAUAACCAUUAUACAGUA